AUCUGUUACUAUGGCUUCGGUUUCAUUACAAGCUUUUUUGAAUAGCCAAAGUUGGAACACUUGUCCUUCUUGUAGAAAAAUACAGAAUAUAAGAAGAGUUUCUGUGGAUAAAAGUGUAUCUUUCCCUCUCUGCUAUUAUGGAAAUAGGAGGAAAUCGUUUUCUCUGGAAUACCUCACUUGUUCCUCGAUUAACAGUGAACAUGAUGCCAACCAUAAGGAACAAUCUAUGGUGAACCAUUGUCAAUAUAUUGGAAGCAAAAGAUUGAUAAAGAAAUUAGUUCGUGAGCGUUUUCAAGCUGCAAAGAAGGCGGAAGGCAAUGGAAACUGGAAACUGGCAAGAAAAUUAUUAACGCAGUGUUUGGAGUUAGAUUUGACAGAUGCCCACUCAUGGCUUGCUCUUGCAAAGUUAAUGAUGAAGCAGUGUUUUGGCGUAGAAGAAAUACGUCGUUUUUUGAACGAGGCUAUCGAACGUUGUCCUGAAAAUGUCCGACUAUUGCAUGCCUAUGCUGUCUUUGAAUACAAAGCAGGCUUUCCCGAUACAGCUCGACAACUAUUUCAAAAGGGUUUAUCUAUUGAAAUGGAUAAUGGAUAUAUUUAUCAAGCCUGGGGUUUGAUGGAACAGAGGUUAGGAAACAUUGAAAGAGCAAGAGAGUUGUUUCAUGAGUGUUUACAGAUGGACGCUAAUUUGGAAGUUUUCAUAGCCUUGGGAAUGUUGGAAGCAAAAUGUGGAAAUAUUCAGCAGUCUAGAGAUGUCUUUGAAAUGGCACUAAAGAAAUUAAAUACUUUUCCACCUCAAGAAAAGAUAAAACGAAGAGCAAGUUGGAAUGCCAAGGCUGGACUAUAUAGAGCAUGGGCCAAUGUAGAAGAAAGUUUUGGAAAUAUAUCUUUGGCAAUGGAACUUUUAUCCAAAGCUGUAUCAGAGUGUCCAGUAGAGUCCGAAACAUACUUUGCUUUGGCAAAACUGGAGUAUAAAUGUAAAAAUUGGUUGAAUGCUCGGAGGUGGAUACAACUUGCAGAGACCGUUGGAGGUCCUAUCAAUGUUGCUAUUUACAGUUUUUGGGCAAUCUUAGAGGAGAAAUUGAAUCAUGUUGAUAUUGCUAGGCAAUUACUGGAGAAAGCAUCCCGUAUAUAUGUAGCAGACUGUAGUAUUGUGCAGACAUGGGCUACAUUGGAACAAAGGGCAGGAAACUUGAACAAAGCAAGAGAACUAUUCCAAAAAAGUAUUGAUAUUCGGCCAAAUGCUCCUGCUUUUGUAGCUUGGGCUCUCAUGGAAGAGCAAGAGGCAAACUUUGAAGCAGCUCGUAUGUUGUUUCAACGAGCUCUACUUGUUGAUACCUUGCAUAGUCCUACUUAUAAUGCAUAUGCUCUAUAUGAAGCUAGACAAGGGAAUCUGCAGGCAGCUCGUGCCAUAUUAGAAGAUGGCAUGCGGAAAGUCUGUUCUCCUUGUAUAUUGCAUGGAUAUGCACAAUUGGAACUAAAAUAUUGCAAUGAUAUCUCCAAAGCUAAACAAUUGCUAUUGGAAGGAACCAAAUGUGCUUAUGAAGAUAAUUCAUUUGUAUGGCAUUCGUUGGGUUAUUUGGAACUGUUGCAAAGGAAUUAUAAGGAGGCCAUUCAUAGUUUCGAACAAGGUAUUUCACGCUAUCCACGAAAUUCGCUGUUAUACCUAGGUCUUGCCUUAUGUUAUGUAGCAAUAUUGAAGGAACCUGAUUGGGUUGCAAAAAGCAACCAAGCAGGAACACAGUUGCCAUUCUCGAUAAGAAGAAAUUUUGAGGAAGCUAUCCAAUGUGAUCCUUUUCAUGCUCAUGCAUGGCAGGCAUGGGGUGUCUUUGAACUUUCUCAAGGGAGAUACGAAGUAGCGCGAGAUUUGCUAAAGAGAGGAAUACAGAAUUGUUCAACACAUGUAGCAUUGUGGCAAGCUCUAGGUUUAUUGGAGGCGCAGAGUGGAAACAUGCAUAGAGCUAGGGAAAUAUUUAAACGAGGCUCUCUUCUACCCUUCAGUUAUUCUCAUGUAAGAUUAUAUCAUACGUGGGCAUGUUGCGAACUUCGAGCAGGCGCUGUAGAGCAAGCGCGAAGGUUAUUGGAGGAAGCUUUGAAAUGUGAUAAUACACAUGGCCCUGUUUGGAACGUAUAUGGUAUGCUUGAAGAACAUCAUGGCUCGAUUAUUCGAGCAAAAGAAUUAUUUAAAGAGGGUAUUCAACAAGCUCCUAAGCAUGUACACCUUUAUAUUUCUUAUGCGUUGUUUGAAUUUCGCCAAGGAAACGAGGCCAAGGCAAACGAACUCUUUCAUCUCGCAUUUCAAAUAGAUCCUCAUCAUUCUUAUUUGAAGGAGAUAUAUUCCAAAUUCAAUGAAAUGUUUUUAUUGAAUAGGAAAAAAUAUCAUUCUUCUGGUGUUGAAAUGCAGAAGAGGCACAGUCGGACAAUAUCUCAUGUAAACUUUUCUUGGUUCGAUAUGGAUUUGCUUUCGGAACUUGAAAGUUCCACUUUGGCGAUGGAUGCUUGUGCAACUCUUAGAGUUCAGUCCUAAGUCAAAAGUUCUGUAUUUUAUCGAUUAUUAUUUUUGCGAAGGAUCUUUUUGGUCAUUACCGAAUAUAAGCGUUUUCAACUUUUAAACUUGUAUUAUUCUCUUUGUAAAUUUGUAAUCAGAGAGAUGACGCAUUGAAAUAACUUGUAGUUUGGAAAGAAUAAAUCGUUUAGCAUCUGUAGUCUCAAAGUAACAAACAAAUUUUGAUGAAGAUAAAAAGCAAUUCAAGUUC